AGCCAGUCGACCGCGUCGAAAUGUUACUUUACGCGCCUGUGUCGCGUUCUGAGGUCCGCGCGCGUUAUAUCUCCUUAUGUACCCAAGUCCACAAAAUGGGUCUCUCUCAUCUGUGCACCUCCCUUAAAUAAUCCCUUCUACAAUUUUCCCGUUUCCAUACUUUUGUUCCAUUGGACUUACUAUUCUCCUCUCGCACCUCCCAAAUCGUUCUCCUCUCUACGACUUUUACUUGGACACAGCUUUAUUGACGGAGCAACCGCCAUGGCGCGAUCUACUCUCGGCAAGAGGACUCGACGCGCGGAGGAGACUGCGUUGGAAGUGGCUACCAAGCGGACGAGGCGCCAAACUCGCUACUCCUUCAUCAACGACGAGAACAUAACACCCGAGGAAGCGGCCAGCGAGGACGAGACCGACGAUCUCGAUGAAGACUACAGCACAACCGACUCCCGGGUAGACUCGCCCGCGAAGGCCGCCACCCCUUCCGGACGCGCUCGCGGCAAGCCAGAUUACACCCCCUUCACUCCCCUCACGCCGAGUACGCCUCGCUUCAAGGAUGCUCUCGCGAGGGUACCCGUCACCCCCCGCCACCGGGUCAUGUCCGCCGGAAAGGUGUCGAAACGGCUGUUCCCACAAACACCCCUUACGCCUACCGCGAUACAGACCGUAUAUCACCACGCCCGCCAGCUCUUCUCCCGCAGCGCCGAUCCCGGCCAAUUGGUUGGGCGCGACAAUGAGCGGACGCAGCUGAAGAGCUUCCUGGACCGGUGUUCGCAGCCCAACCCCAAUGGAUGUAUCUACGUUAGCGGACCUCCGGGGACGGGGAAGAGCGCGAUGGUGAACGAGGUUACGCAAGAGUUGGCAGAGAAAGAGGCGGUGAAGAAGGCGUACAUAAAUUGCAUGAGCAUAAAGUCAUCCAAAGAUCUCUACGCGACUCUCCUCGAGCAGCUUUGCGAGGACCUUGAUGUUUCGGAGAGCGAUGCCGCCGCGACCGUCCAGAAACUCUUCAUAUCCCGGAAGAAGUCGGCCCCAGUUUACCUCGUCGUCCUGGACGAGAUCGAUCACAUUCUCACUCUGGACCUAGAAAGUCUGUACCGGCUCUUCGAAUGGUCUAUGCAGAAGUCGUCACGUCUCGUGCUAGUCGGCAUCGCGAAUGCACUGGACCUAACAGACCGAUUCCUCCCCCGUUUAAAAUCUCGGAACCUGAAGCCUGAACUUCUUCCGUUUCUCCCGUAUUCAGCGGCGCAGAUUAGGAACAUCAUCACCACUCGCCUCCAGAGCCUCGUACCCGAGGGGAGUCCUUUGCCAUUCAUGCACCCGGCCGCCAUCGAGCUCUGCUCCCGAAAGGUAUCGAGCCAGACGGGCGACUUGCGGAAGGCCUUCGAGAUCUGCCGGCGGGCCAUCGAUCUCGUCGAGGCGGAAACGAAGCAGAAGCACGAGGCCGAAAUUCGGGAGAAGAUGCUCCUCGCAUCGCCAUCCCGGAAGCCCCUGGGCGAAAGCACGAACUUCAACUCGCUGUCGAAACGAGGCUCGGACAGGAGCCCGUCGGCGCUGCUAGCGGAGUCGUUGAAAGGACUAACGUCGGAGACGGCGCCUCGCGUUAGCAUAGCACACCUCAACAAGAUCACGGCGGCAGCCUUUAGCAACGGAGCGAACCAGCGCCUCAAGACCUUGAACUUGCAGCAGAAGGCGGCAUUGUGCUCCCUGAUGGCGAUGGAGAAGCGGAACCGAUCGUCCCGCACGUCGUCGGUGCUCGCCACGCCGUCCAAGUCGCACGCGGUCGCCCCCACGGUUAAAGUGCUGUACGAAGCCUACUGCCAGCUGUGCACGCGGGAGUCGGUGCUGCACCCGCUGUCGGGCCUCGAGUUCCGGGAAGUGGUGGGCAGCCUCGAGGCGCUGUCGCUAGUCUCGGCUGUCGACGGGAAGACGGGAUCCCUGGCGGUACUGCAGACGCCGAGCAAGCGGGGGAAGAAGGGCGGGUUCGGCUCCGGCGUCGGGCUGGGGGACGAGCGGAGGGUGGCUAGCUGCGUGGGAGAGAAGGAGCUGGAACAGGCCGUGGAAGGGCUCGGCUCCGACAUCCUGAAGAGCAUAUUGAGCGGGGAAGCGUUGGAUUAGAGCGAGUCGGGGAUCUACCGGUCCCCCCUCUCGGUGUUGUAUACAAGCCUACCUGCCCCUAAGUUUGGGUAUGGGGGUGCUGCUAGCUGUGUUGCUCAUUUUUUGCAAGGACGGCGUUUCGGGGGAGGGGAGCAUUAGAUGCAUAUACAUAGGGACUGGCUGGCGUUUUCGCAGCAUGGCGGUUGGGCAUAGCACGCGGGGUCCCCUUUUGACGAGGACCGUGUCAAGGCGACGGAUGUAUAAUGGAUGGACGAUGGCUGAGCUUGGGUGUAGCAGCUCCGGGAAAUUCAACGUCGGAUACUGACUGUCAACUCUGUGCCCCUUAUCCGAGUUUACUUUACCUUGGUGACAGCAGUUAUCCCUCUCCUCGGCUUCCUUUCCCCUCUCCCAUGCUGGUUUUCUCUUAACUCGGCAGCGCAGCGUAAUUAUUUUCGGUAUUUAAUGUUGAUGUGCCUAGGUACCUAGGUAAGGUACCUGGUGUAUA